UCUAACCACAUGUACAUCUAUAACCCGUGUAACCUAUUAAUUUCCGACUGUAAAUUGCCUUAUUUGUGCUUUAAACAUUCCGUUCGAAUGGAACAAGAAAUCGUAACAGUAGAGAAAAUUUGGAAAAGUAUAAAAAUAUCUCGAAUCAACGUUCUGUUGAAGGCCAGACGAUCUGUUACGAAGAUGGUUCCAACCAUCGAUCUCGCUAUUCAAUGCAACUCAAUUGCUCGUGCCCAAAAUGACUUCAUUUAGAAAAUCCAUUAUUUCCAUUGUUCAGGUACUCUUAAUCAUCCACAUAGAUCCUUAAAUACUUCUAAUAAUUUUUCCUAGAAAAAGUAUUUUUUCAGAAAGACGGACAGUGCGGACACCGGUAGCUAAUCAUAUAUAGAGUACACCCUCAACUAUAAUUACUACCUUGAAAUAAUAAUACUUUUUCGUUAACACUAUUGACUAAUUAAUCUUUAACAAAAAUCAAUUACUCUUUGAUGAAAAUG